AUGUCAAAUUUUGUGAUGAUGUAAGUCUAUGUCAUAGGUUGAGGCUGCAAAGCUUGGAUUUUUUGAGGUUUUGGACACGUCUUGUCCUUUCGGCAAAGUCCCAAAUUUCUAAGGAUUUCUGUUCUGGCUCUUCCAUGCAGCUAGGGUAAUAAAUCAGAGAGAAGAACCUUUUUGGGCCAUACCUUUGCCAAUUUCUUGUAGAAAAAAGUUUUUUUGGAAAUCUUGAUUUUGUACAGUAGAAUUUGACAUGCAUAUUUUCAUGAAAAGACUAAAAAAACUGUCAGGCCUUAAUUUCUGACCUUAAAAGUUUGUUGCCUCUGCGGAAAGUGAGCUGCAAAUCAUGCAUAUGGGUUAGAAAAGAAAUUCGUGUCAAGUCACAUGAAAAUCUGGCCUUGUACUUCAAGCAUAGCGCUAGACAAAAUUAGCUGAAAUUCGUCGUAGACAGCCGCUAGGUUUCUACCGCUGCGACAAUCGCAAUUUAAGGCCCAUAAAUACAUAGGUCACGUCCUCAAAAUCUAGAUAAAGCUUUUCCUGCAAAUCCUACCCUACAUAAGCUUCAAAAUCAUCCCAAAAUUUUUCAGCUCUCUUCUGGUCCUUUCAAUUCUCGCUACCUCUCUGUAUGCCCAAUCAAAUUCGACCAUAACUGGCUGCACCGGGCCCGGCUGUCUGGCCAACGGCUGUUCCGGCGGUGGAUGCCCGAACCCAUCGGCUAGCACAGGAAACAAAAUGGCCUUUGGAUCAUGUUCAUGUGGUGCGAUGAGGAUGCAAGAUCAAUUCAAAAAAGGCGGCUUUGGCGGCUGUAUGGCUCCACAUAAAAGUUUUGUUCGCCGAGAUCUCACAACUGAGUCGCCUAAGGCCGCGGAGACAACACAACAUCCCAAGGGACUGUUUAACGCAUUCUUUUCCAAAUUGUAA